UAACUAUCCAUCUAUAAAAGGAUUUGUGGGAUUUAGUUUUAGAUAUCCACUUCUCAAAUCUCAUCUGAUCUUAUACUAAAAUGCUACACAAAAAUAAUAUGGGUCUCCCCAAGAUGUUGUCUCUUGGGUGUUUUUGUGUUCUAUUGUUGGCUAUCAUGGUAGACGCAGCCACUCCUCCAGGAAUUGCAAACCAUCCUGCUAGAGCUUCAUGUAAGAUCAAAAAGUACAAGAUGUGCUAUAACUUAGAACAUGUUUGUCCCAAAUUUUGUCCUGAUAGUUGUGAAGUAGAUUGUGCUUCAUGUAAGCCAAUUUGUACUUCAAGAUCAUCAAGUGGUGAUGGUUCAUCAUCCUCGGCAUCUUCUGCGGCAUCUUCAGCAGCCUCAUCUGCAGCAUCGUCUGCGGCAUCAUCUGCUGCAUCUUCUGCAGCAUCAUCUGCUGCAUCUUCUGCAGCAUCAUCAGCGGCUUCUUCAGCUGCAUCAUCAGCAGCAUCAUCUGCAGAUGGUAAAACUCACUAUUCAGAUGAUGAAUCAAAUGAUAAAAAAGCAGAAAGCCAGAAUGGGAGUAAAAAAGGAGAUAAUAGCAAAGAAAAUGAAGGUAAAAAAGGAGAUGAUGGUAAUAAGAAAGGAGAUGGUGAUAGUUAUCAAUCAACUCCACCACCAUAUUAUCCUACAACACCCUCUUCACCAACACCUCCAAAAACAACACCUUCUACCCCAUCAACUCCACCAUCAUCACCCUAUCCAGCACCUCCUACGCCUUCGACACCAUCUCCUUCUACCCCCGCAACACCUUCUUCUCCUCCUAAAUCUUCCGAAGUUGCCUCUAGAAAGAGGGUCAGAUGCAAGAACAAGACUUAUGGACAGUGUUAUAAUCAAGCGCAUGUAUGCCCAGCCAAUUGCCCUACUUCAUGUCAAGUUGAUUGCGUCACUUGCAAGCCUGUCUGCAAUUGUGACUAUCCUGGAGCAGUAUGUCAAGACCCUCGCUUCAUAGGAGGAGAUGGAAUCACCUUCUACUUCCACGGAAAGAAGGAACGAGACUUUUGCCUUGUGACAGACUCUAACCUUCAUAUCAACGCACACUUCAUAGGAAAAAGAAACAUAAACAUGGGUCGUGACUUCACUUGGGUUCAGUCCAUCGGAAUUCUUUUCGACGGUCAUCGUCUCUUCUUAGGAGCUAAGAAGACAUCCACAUGGGAUGAUGCCAAUGACCGCCUCUCAUUAGCUUUCGACGGAGAGCCCAUAUUCCUCGACGAAACUCUAGGCUACGAGUGGCGGUCCACAUCUACACCACAAGUCACCAUAACAAGGGCUAACAGUGAAACCAACAAUGUUAUUAUUGAUGUCCAAGGAAAACUCAAGAUCAUAGCUACUGUUGUACCAAUCACUGAAGAAGACUCUAGGAUUCAUAACUAUGGGAUAACCAAGGAUGAUUCUUUUGCACAUCUUGAUCUUGCAUUCAAGUUUUUUUCGUUAACUGGGAAAGUUGACGGUGUGUUAGGAAAAACUUACAGAGAUGAUUAUGUUAGCAAAGUGAAUGUUGGGGCAGCCAUGGCAGUUGUGGGAGGGGAGAGAGAAUAUGCAGCUAGUAGCAUUUUUGCUACAGAUUGUUUGGCUUCAAGGUUUAAUGGUGGCCAACAAGAGACUCCAUUGGAGGCAUUGGACAUUGCUAACAUGGAAUGUUCUAGUGGGAUGAAUGGGGAGGGUGUCGUUUGCAAGAGGUAACUUGAUAUACCUUGAAGGUCAUUCAGAACUUUGAAGAUCUUACUUAUUCGAGUAAUUGUAAUAAGGCAAGAAGCCAUGUUAAAUUCUUUGGCUUCUGCCCGAUGUCUAAUAUUUAUAUUUUUCUUCUAAUUCAAAUGUAACACUUCU